GUCGAUACUAUCCAUGCUUUGUACUAUGUGGUCCCUUAUAACAUCGAUCGCAUCCUGCCUAAGGUCCUCGCCGCCGAACUCCGAAUUGGUGAUGAAAAGAAAAAGUGCUUUGUCACUUGGGAACAGAUGGAGCGUAUGAAGAACGGACAGGACCACCUCACAGGAUUGGAGAACCGGAUAAAAACUCUUGAUCAAAAGGCCAAGCGUCAAGGAGGCAUUGUUGCGUUGAUCGGUUCUGCGGUCGGCGUAGGAGUUUUUGUGGCAGGAAUGGCCAUCAAGGCGAGGCUUCUCGGUUUGUAG